CUCCUCCUUCCGCCCAAGCGUGGCCAAGUGAGGACUGCUCUGGCCGCAGGUAGCGGAGGCGCGGGAGACGGCGCGCGGGACUCAAACCGAGCGCGACGGGAGGGGCCGACGGAUACGCGGACAGACUGUUUCCCCUGCCCCGGACUUUAGCGACGGUGCCCGCGAGCCAUGUGGGGACUGGGGGUCACGGCCGAGGGCCUGUCGGUGGCACCGCCGCCGCCGCCGCUGCUGCCGCUGCUGCUGCUGCUGACGCUAGCGCUGGUGGCGCCCUCGCGGGGCGGCGGGGGUUGCGCGGAGCUGGCAUGCGGCGAGCGGGAGCGCUGCUGCGACGCGGCCAAUGCCACCGCGGUGCGCUGCUGCAAGCUGCCGCUGCACGCCUUCCUCGACAACGUGGGCUGGUUUGUCCGCAAGCUCUCCGGGCUGCUUAUCCUGCUGGUGCUCUUCGCCAUCGGCUACUUCCUGCAGCGCAUCAUCUGCCCCAGUCCACGCAGGUAUCCGCGCGGGCAGGCGCGGCCGGGGCAGGGGCGGCCGGGGCCACCGGGGUGCGCAGGGCAGCCGGGGGCCCCAGUACCGCCGGACGACGACGACGACGAUUCGCCCGCGCUGCUGCGCGACGAGGCGGCUGCCGGCUCUCAGGACUCGCUGCUGGACAGUGGCGGAGGUGGCCGGGGCAGGGCAGGCGGCGGGCGUUCGGCCACCUCCUGCGCCUCGGAGCAUGAGCUGCGCGUAGUCUCUCCCGUCUUCCUGCAGCUGCCCAGCUACGAGGAGGUCAAGUACCUGCCAACCUACGAGGAGUCCAUGCGGCUGCAGCAGCUCAGUCCCGGGGAUGUUGUGUUGCCUGUGUCUGUGCUCGGCCGCCCGAGAGGUGGCGGCGCGGGGGAGUCAAACGACGGCGGCCAGGGCCGCUUCCCGCUCAUCUGAGCGCCCAGGGCAGCCCAGGGACCACGCAGACAGAAGUGGGCCGGGGACUGCGGGUGGGACACAAUGGCUGGGGUGACCUCGGCCGCUGCCAAUUGCCUCAGUCCCUACCUGUUGCCCUGCGACUAGGUUGGGGCUACCCCUACCCCGCUUCCCCCGGGUUCUUAAGUUUUCCUACGUUUCAUUUGGUUCAAGGAAACGUAGGCACGCGUGGCGGGGGCGACACAGCAGCAGACGAGGCCGGAGUACAGCUCUGGAGGACGUCCCCGCCCUCAGCCUCUCCUCCGAUCGCGUUCACUUGUAAGUGCCUGCUUCCCGAACACAGGAGAACACAGGAGCUUCGGGAGAAGGGCAGUAACCUUUAGGAGUGAAGGGAAAGGGACCUAGUUCCACUCCUUUCCCUCUCGCCUGGACUGGUCAUGGUCCCCCAGGAUGGGUGGAGGGCGAGGAGACGAGCUGCGGCUGGAGACUGAUGCUCCCCGGCCUGCGAGAGCAGCGCCUAGGAAUAAUAGACUUCCUUCCUUACGGAGAACUCAGAAAACCCUUCCGCGUCUUCCUGGCCAAGCAUAGGUCACAGCUGAUUGAUGGCUUACAAAUCAGUGGGGGAUACUCGUGGCAUCAGUUAGUUGCUGUACCUAUUCAAGAUACAGCAAUAACGCAUAUCCAAGACCAUACUCGUAAUAAGGUACAGCUGAACUUUAGAUUUUUCAAUAACUGAGAAGAUAUUUAUAUUUAUUUGUCUUUUAUUUUUAUAUUUUUACCAUGUAUUGAACGUAUCCGGAGGGGAUUUCUGCCAUUCAUGACAAGUUAAUCAUCUUAGCACCUUUUUGAGGCCUUAAUGGCCCGGAAAUUGUCUACAUUCUCUCAUUAUUGUUUAAUUAAAAUGUUGGACAUUAUUUCAUUUACAACGGGAAAAAGAAGAGGCGUGUUCAAACGAGAAAAUGUAUGUGAUUAAAAACACGAAGGAUACCUUAUUUUCACUAUUUGAGAAGAAUAUAUUUUAUUUUUAGUACUGUGGCAUAAUAUAUAACUUUUUAUAAUAACUAUACAUUAUGUAUGUAGUCUAGGUCAUAGUUAUAUGUAAAAAUGAUGGAUAGAUGUAUGCCAUACCGUGAAGCAUGAUGUCAUGCACUUUUCCCUCCAUUUUGCAUUUGGAAUACACUUCACAACAUGAUACAAAACAUAAGAAUUUGUUGUGACUUUUGUUUAAAGUCAUAAUUGUGCAGUAAGUACUAUAGAAGGAUUCAGUCAACUCAUCUGAAGAAAAAAAAUGUGUCAUUGUAUUGGUUCUACCAUUCUAUGAAACAUCCUUUAAGCAAAUGGUAAUACAAAAUGACAUUAAAAUGUAUUAUGUAUAAUGUACAUAUGCACAUUGUCUAUGUACAAUAUACACAUUGUAUAUCAUAUAAUUAUUACAGUUCAGGAUUAUCAAGAAAAUGAGAAGGAAGACAAAAAGAUUUCUCUGGUUGGGGAAGGAUGAGUGUUACAUUGAGGAAAAAUUAUACACACAGACCUCAUACAUGUAUCUAGAAAAGUUGUUUUUAUGAUUGGAAAAUUCUGACAAUCUUGAGAAAUCUUAAAAUAUCUGAAUUGUAUUGGAAGAAAAUGAUUUGGUUACCUUAAACUUUUAAAAGCUGAUUGAAAAAGUCUGACAGUUCUAAGAAAUAUUAAGAUGUCUGAAUUGUAAUAGGAGAGAAUGAUUUACUCUAAACUUCUAAAAGCUAAUGACCCUAUCA